UACAAGAAGCGGAAGUAGCAUGCUCCAGGGGCGGGGGCUCCAACCGGACCUGGAGGAAAAGACUCGUGGAGUCGGUGGGAACUGGCAGCGAAGAUGAAGGUGAAGAUGCUGAGUCGGAACCCGGACAACUAUGUCCGCGAAACCAAGCUGGAUUUACAGAGAGUUCCAAGAAACUAUGAUCCAACCUUACAUCCUUUUGAGGUCCCACGAGAAUACGUAAGAGCUUUAAAUGCUACCAAACUGGAACGCGUAUUUGCAAAACCAUUCCUUGCUUCUCUGGAUGGUCACCGUGAUGGAGUCAAUUGCUUGGCAAAGCAUCCAAAGAGCCUGGCUACUGUCCUUUCUGGGGCAUGUGAUGGAGAGGUUAGAAUUUGGAACUUGACCAAACGAAACUGUAUCCGUACAAUACAAGCACAUGAAGGUUUUGUACGAGGAAUAUGUACUCGUUUUUGUGGGAGUUCUUUUUUUACUGUUGGCGAUGAUAAAACUGUGAAGCAGUGGAAAAUGGACGGACCAGGCUUUGGAGAAGAGGAAGAACCACUGCAUACAAUAUUAGGAAAGACAGUGUAUACAGGAAUUGAUCAUCACUGGAAAGAAGCUGUUUUUGCCACAUGUGGACAGCAAGUAGACAUUUGGGAUGAACAAAGAACCAGCCCUAUAUGUUCAAUGACUUGGGGAUUUGACAGUAUAUGUAGUGUUAAAUUUAACCCAAUUGAGACAUUUCUCUUGGGAAGUUGUGCUUCUGACAGGAAUAUAGUACUAUAUGAUAUGAGGCAAGCUACUCCUCUGAAAAAGGUCAUCUUAGAUAUGAGAACAAACACGAUUUGUUGGAACCCUAUGGAAGCUUUCAUUUUCACUGCAGCAAAUGAAGAUUACAACUUAUAUACUUUUGAUAUGCGUGCACUGGACACUCCUGUAAUGGUGCACAUGGAUCACGUGUCUGCGGUGCUCGAUGUGGAUUACUCUCCCACUGGGAAGGAGUUCGUGUCCGCUAGUUUUGAUAAAUCUAUUCGCAUCUUCCCUGUGGACAAAAGUAGGAGCAGGGAAGUGUAUCACACAAAGAGAAUGCAACAUGUUAUCUGUGUAAAAUGGACUUCUGACAGCAAGUAUAUCAUGUGUGGAUCUGAUGAAAUGAACAUUCGUCUCUGGAAAGCUAAUGCUUCUGAAAAAUUGGGUGUGCUUACAUCACGAGAAAAGGCAGCCAAAGAUUAUAACCAGAAGUUAAAGGAGAAAUUUCAGCAUCAUCCUCAAAUAAAACGUAUUGCUCGUCACCGACAUCUACCAAAAUCAAUCUACAGUCAGAUUCAAGAACAGCGCAUCAUGAAAGAAGCUCGUAGACGAAAGGAAGUGAAUCGUCUGAAACACAGCAAGCCUGGAUCUGUGCCAAUCGUGCCAGAGAAGAAGAAACACAUAGUGGCAGUUGUGAAAUAAUAUUUGGUGUAUUCCUUCCCAUGCUGAUGUAAUUAUUUGUUACCUUUUGAUUUGAAAACUCUACAAAUAAAAAUUCAGUUAAUCCUUCAACAUCACAGGUUUUAACUGGCCAGAUUCACUUAAAUGCAUAAUUUUCUUUUUUUCAGUAGAUAAAUAGUUGGCCCUUUGUAUUCCUGGGUUGUGCAUCUACUGAUUGAACCAACAUUGGUCCAAAACAGUAUUUUCUAUCAAAGUUUGGAAAUCCAUGAAUGUGGAGGGCUGACUGAAGUUAUAUGGAUUUUCAACUCCUCAGGGUUGGGCACCCCUAACUGCUACAUUCUUCAAGGAUCAGCUAGCUGUACUGGCUCUACUAUAACAGUUUAGUAUUGUAUGUGUAAACCUUUAUUUGUUGUUCAUUUUAGCAGCCCUGAAAAAUUAUCUUUAAAAGGUGUCCUGGUUGAUAAGACUAACAUUUUAUCCUUAAUCUACUUUCUUAUUUCAUUGAAGUAUACAGAGUAUUUGCAGACUUACUUUUGCUGUUAGAAAUUGCAAAUGUACUUUAGCUCUGAUCUAUUAUUGUAGAUACUAUACAGUUAAAUUGUUGUAUGAGACCAAAAAUCUCUUGUGUUACCUUUAAUACUACUUUGAGUAAUUACUGCAAUGAUUUUUCCUAGGAUUUCACAUAACAUGUACAGUAAUUAUGCCAGCACAUUUUCCAAUGGAAUAUAUUUUCUGUGCUUUAUAUUUGGCUUUUGAAACUUUGAAGAUGAUCACCUUGCAUUUAUGG